ACUCGGACGCGCCGGCAACCGCACGCCGUCGCCGUCGCCAUGGCCACGGCCUCCGCCACCUCCCUCUCCGCCGCGUACCUGCUAUCCCCCGUCCCAUCUCGCCCCCGCCCGCUCUUCCGCGCCCUCGCGACCUCGGGUUCGGGUAAGCAGAAGACCAGCAAGUCAAAGUCCAAGAGCAAGGGAAAGGGCAAGAAGUCGCUGGAGCCGCCGCCCGACGUGGUGGUCCGCCGCGCGCCGGCGGGGAGCGCGUCGCUGUUCGAGCAGCAGCGCACGGAGGCGGGGUUCAACCCCGGCGGCGGCGGGAAGGGGCCGUCGGACGAGGAGGUGCGGCAGCGGCAGAUCACGGAGAGCGCCUUCCUCUUCGCGUGGCUGGGCCUCGGCGCCAUCAUCCUCGUCCAGGGUCUCGCGCUCGCCGCCUCCGGUUUUCUGCCCACGGAAUGGGACAACUAUUUAGUCAAGUUCCUUUAUCCAUCGUUCACUCCAACGGUGCUCUUGUUUCUUGGGGGUACGACUGGAUAUGGUGUCUUCAAGUACUUUGAGGGCGAGAAAAGUAAAGGCUAGAUAGAUUACAGCACAAAGGAUCUGACAGCAGAGUUGAAACUUUGUGGCGAAGUUCCAUGUUAAUGCAUAGUAAAGGCACAUAAUUUCGUGAAAUCAGCUGAAGGCAGGGAUGAUUGCUAGAGAGCUAGGCUGGUUCUGUAAAUGACUGGAUUAUUCAUGAUCUUCUUUGUAAAGGCUAUAACGGUAUAAUCAUUAUGUACUUUUGUAAACCUGUAUGAACUGAGCUAUAUACUACUGUUUCCUCGCAUUAGUCACCUAACCUGUACCUAUCA